UCCAUGAUACCUUUAUAACAGGUCAGUGACAAGCUCAGUCCCCUGGAGCUCACAGGACAAGGCGACAAUGGACAGGAAAAUGCAAGAGCAGAAGAACCUGACGGGAACCCUAAUUUUUGCUGUGUUCACGGCUGUGCUGGGAUCUCUACAAUAUGGAUAUGGUAUUGGAGUUAUCAAUGCACCACAAAAGAUCAUUGAAAACCACUAUUCAAAUGUUUUGGAUCUGCCGACAGAAAAAGUCCUGGUUGGAAGUGUAAAUGAGACUGUGGCACACCCAACAGUUACCAUGUACUGGUCACUCUCUGUAUCAGUUUUCUCUCUGGGUGGGUUGGUGUCUUCAUUUUUUGUUGGAUGGAUUGCAGACAAACUUGGAAGGAUUAAAGCCAUGAUGGUUGUGAAUACUCUGGCCGUCAUUGGUUCCCUUCUCAUGGGCUUGGCUCCGCUGGGUCAGGCUCACGCUCUAGUAAUUUCUGGCAGACUUAUAACUGGUCUUUAUUGUGGUUUAGCAUCCGGACUAGUACCCAUCUAUAUAGGGGAAAUUUCACCUACUGCUCUACGAGGAGCUCUCGGAACUUUACACCAGCUUGGCAUUGUAACUGGGAUUCUUAUCAGUCAGGUUGUCGGAUUAGACUUUAUUCUGGGCAGCAAGAGUUUAUGGCCUGUCCUCCUUGGUCUUUCUGGUGUCCCGGCUGUGAUCCAGACGAUUCUUCUGUUCUUUUGCCCAGAAAGUCCCAGAUAUGCCUAUAUCGUACUUGGAAGAGAAGAAGUUGCCAGAAGAAUUCUGAGAAAACUGAGGGGAGACUAUGAUCCCUCCAAAGAUAUUGAGGAGAUGAAGAAGGAAAAGGAGGAAGCAGCCAGUGAAAAGAAAGUGUCUAUUAUUCAGCUCUUUAGAUCCCCAAAUUACAGACAGCCGCUCCUUGUCUCUCUGGUAUUACACAUGUCUCAGCAGUUUUCUGGAAUCAAUGGGAUAUUUUACUAUUCAACAAGCAUUUUUUCUAAAUCUGGAAUUAGCCAACCAGUAUAUGCAACCAUUGGGGUUGGUGUAGUCAACACAGUUUUCACCAUUGUUUCGGUGUUCCUUGUGGAGAAAGCUGGAAGAAGAUCCCUUUAUCUCAUUGGCUUGUCAGGAAUGUGCAUUUGUGCUAUAAUCAUGACAAUUGCUCUAGCUUUGCUGCAUAUCCAUGCCUGGAUGAGCUAUCUUUGCAUGGUUGCCAUCUUUCUAUUUGUAAUAUUCUUUGAAGUUGGGCCUGGUCCCAUUCCAUGGUUCAUUGUUGCUGAGCUUUUCAGCCAAGGUCCUAGACCUGCAGCUAUGGCAAUAUCCGGAUUCUGCAACUGGACAUGUAACUUCAUCAUUGGAAUGUGUUUCCAGUACAUCGCAGAAGCGUGUGGACCCUACGUCUUCAUCAUUUUUGCAGUUCUUCUCUUCGGUUUUACCAUAUUUACAUACUUUAAAGUUCCAGAAACAAAAGGGAAGUCUUUUGAGGAGAUAUCUGCCGAGUUCCGCAAGAAGAAACACAAGGGGUUCAAAGCUACGGAGAUGGAGUAUCUUGGAAGUACAGAUGCUUGAAUUCUUUGAUAUCCGAACAGUUACUUUAAUAUUUCAGAAAAUAUUUUAUGAGAGACGGUGAAACUGAGUAUUUUGUGUUUUUAUGGAUUCGUAUUUUUCAGUGUCGAAACACAAACAGCAUGUGUUCUGUGGCGAAUAGCAGGAACAUGCAUACCGUAUAUGCAACAAUAUGCUCUCAGGUAAUUUCUUAUAUGCUUGAGGAAUACACUACAGCUAGCUUUGUUCUAAUCGUCUUAAAAUAAUCCUCGUUAUCCACAGGGAUUGACAGUUCUCAUUUAAUAUGCUAUGCAUGCGCAGUAUAUUUUGGAUUAUUGCAGGCCUGCAGCAUCAGGUUAGAUGAAGUAUUAACAUAAUCCAAUACCAAAAUUUAGAAAUGAUGGAACCAAAGAAUGCCUAGGGUGCUGUGGUUAGUCAUUUGUAAGUUGAAAGGUUUGGGUCAGUUUUGUAGAAUAAGUGACAUAGGACUAUGUACUUUUGUAUGAUGUCAGAACAAAUAUGUAAUAAGACUACUGCUGAUACAGUUUGCACUAUAAACCUUCAAGUGUUAGAAAUGCUGACUUUAAGGUAUUUUUUAUAGAAACAUACAGAAGCAUACAGCCAGCAAAAUGGUCGGAAAGUGCCACAAAUGAGUGAGAAAAUACACCAUCCGUAUAGGAAUUGUCUCAUUCAGAAAACAUAUUUUCCAAUACCCUAGAAAGGAAUCCAGAAUUAAUACACGGAGGUCCCUAAUUCAGGACCCUCUUCUAUUAGCAGGAGCAUAGAGCAGCUACAAAGAGGACCCAACAUGAUCAUGCAUAAGGGCUCAUUCACACGACCGUAAGGGCUCCGUGCCCGUGCUGUGGACUGCAAAUAGUAGUCUGCAAUGCAUGGGCACCGGCUGUGUGAAUCCCGUAUUGCGGUGCGAAUCAUUGACUGGAAUGGGUCUGCGAUCUUCAAAAUACGGCAAAAGAUAGGACAUGUGCGAUGCGAAGGCACGGACUUAAAAGCUCAGGGAUGCGCUUCUGAGUGUUACAUGUCCACUCUGCAAAAGAUAGGACAUGUCCCAUCUUUCGCCAAAUCCUGAGGAUCGCAGACCCACUCACGUCAAUGGGUCCGCAUCCCCAACAUGGCGUGCACACGGGCAGUGCCUGUAUAUUGCGGAUCCGCCAUUUGCAGGUUUACUUCUGCGUAGAUGAAUGCCCCCCCCCCCCCAUGCUAAAUUUAACAUUUGGAUAGAAAAUGUAAAGGCGUUUUCCUGCAAAAAUGAUCACCUAAA